AUGGGCCAGGGACAGGGAAGUGCCAAAAGUGUUAACAACUUUGCCAUAUUUCUGUUGAUUUUGCUCGCACAAAACUGUGGCCAGGCACGCAGCCACGGUCGUGAUGGAUUAGCAAAGUUGGAGUUUAGCGGGCUGGCCCUCCCUGUUUUUAAUUUUGCGAAAAUAUACGAAACUUUGUGUGCGCAACUGCUGCCGGCCACGCCCCCCCAUUGGGAGGUCAAAGGGCGUGGCCUGGUGCGAGGACAGGCCAUGUUCCAUGUUUUCGAUCAACUGCAGCAGGACUUUGAGGCGAAAUGGCAGCGGACAACCACAUUAAAACCGUUUAGUAUAUUGCAGCAUUUGGAUUGGGAGCAAGAGCAACAGGCUCAGCGGCUGCAGGCCCAGCCGAACUCUAGUUUUGAUAUCCUGUCAGAAUUGUACAAGGAUCAAGAGGCUUAUGAGAAGCAAACCACAACCAUAAAGCCGUUCCACGUAGUGCAAGAGCUUGAAAAAGACUUAAUCAAGGCACAUAAGCACACCACCUCUGUAAAGCCUUUUCACGUGAUCGGAACACUCGUCGAGGAUUUGAUGAACAAGGAUCUGAAAGAGGGUUAUCUGGUGCAGAAGCCCACAGAAGACUUAGCUGAGCACAAAGCCGAGCUAAAACCCGAGUCACGAGCCAAGCAAAGUCAGAAGCGGAGACGGAAACGCAUUCGCCGCAGGAGGAAACGAAUUCGCCGUCGCCGAAAGCGGACACGUCGACGUCGCCGUAAGAAGCGAAAGAAGAGGAGGAAGAAGCGGAAGAAGAAGAGGCACAAGGGCGACAAGAAGAAGAAAAAGAAAAAGAAGGGCAAGCGGAAACGGAAGAAGCAACCCAAGCCGGAGGAUCACGAGGAGCACUCGAUUUUCCAGCCAGGUCAGGUGAUCUUCGCCAAUCCCACCAAGCAGCCGUACUACCACCAUCCCUAUCCCUAUCCCCACCUACCGACCAACCAGAUGCAAGUUCAAGCCAUACCCUCAGCCUUACUGGCCGCCCUGACAACCAAAAAACCAAGCACGGUGACCACCACCACCCAUCGUCCCUUCAGCAAGAUCAAGUAUCUGCUCAGGCACAACAGCAUCUUCAAGAAGAAGAAAAAGGAGUACCUGAGCCACGUCGGUCAGGUGCUAUAUCCAUUUGUUAAAUUUGUGGCCUUCUUCACGGUCCUCAAUCCCUUCACGCUGGGCGUCUUCCUCUUCACCCUGAUCUCGCCCGCCGUCUUCGGAUUCCUGGGAUUCGUGGCACUGAGUGUGCUGGUCAAGCCCUUCCUGCACCUGGUAUUCGGUGUCAAGCGGAAUGUGAACACCUUCGAUCGCAAGCGGUGGCUGGCCCACAAGCAGGCGGAGAAACUGAAGCUCGGCCUGAGGCCAGUGACCAUCCACAAGCACUUCUACCAGCAGAAUCCGGUCCACUCCGCGCCGCCGGUCAAGCUGCGUCCAGUGGGUCACUGGCGGAGGGAGGGGGAACGACCUGCCAACCAGAUGCCUCCACCACCUUUAAGACCACCCCAUCAACCCACCCAGCGACCUCCACAGCGACCACCCCAGCAACCCACCCAGCGACCACCUAAUCGCUAUAAUCCUCUGCUGCCUGACCAUCGCAAAGCCCUCAACUACGAUCAGUCUGGAAUCUUUCUUAUUUAG